AUGGUGGUAACUCGCCGCAAUAAUGCCUUUAAGAAAUCAGUCUCGACUCAGACUGAGAGGGAAUAUAAGAAGCAAGCUCACGAAGCCUUCAAGACAGCCCAGUCUCUGGACCCUUCCUACUUACUGUGUUGGCUUGGACAGGCUCUCAUUGCAGAGAGAGUGGACAGCUUUGACACCAUGGAUCUCUUCAGGCACACCACUGAACUCUGCAUGCAUGAUGAGGGAGCAAAAGGCUAUGGCCACUGGGUGUGCUCGACACUGCAGGACAAAAGCAACAGAAACACUGAGGUGUAUCAGUACAACAUUGUUGAGAUGAAUGCUAUCCCAACAGCACAGGUGGUCUUGACCAAAUACACAGAGAGAAACCCAGAUGAUGCCUCUGCUUUCACAAUGCUUGGGUAUUUGGAUGAUUAUCUGCAUCUGAAGAGGCAGGCAGCAGAAGCCUAUGGCAGGGCAGCUUCCCUGCUGAAAAACUCUGAGGACACUGAGAGAUACAAGACAGCAAUGCAAAACUAUGGCAGGUCCCUGUGUGCCCUGGGCCAGUGUGAUGAGGCCAUUGAGGUUUACACAUCCAUACCCCUCACUGACUUUGAUAGCCUUGUGGGGUUAGCCUUGGCCUACUUCAAGAAGGGUCUGCUACAAGAGAGCAUCAGAGCUGUUGUGCUUUUAGUUGCCCUUGCUCUCAAAUGA